AUGAUAGAUGUUGAGAUCAAUGCUAAAAUUAUAAAGACAAUCAAAGAUGCUGAAUAUUUCUCCGUGAUUCUUGAUUGCACACCAGAUAUUAGUCAUCAAGAGCAAAUGUCAUUGACACUUAGAUGUGUCAAUGUUUCAAAAAGUCCAAUACAAAUUGAAGAGUUCUUUUUAGAAUUCUUAAAUGUUCAUGACACUUCUGGUCAAUCGCUAUUUGAAGAGUUACUAGCUGUGAUACAAUCACUAGAUCUUGAUAUCAAUAAUGUGAGAGGACAACGAAAAGCAGUUGAUUUUUUUGGAGUGUUACAACGCCUCUAUACCUUAUUUGCAGGUUCUACAAAGAGAUGGCAGUUCCUAAAAGACAAUCUCAAACGUCUCCCACAAAGUUCCCGAAACUUUCAAUUGAACGCUUCAUAUUCCAACGACGACCUGGUUUCUGUUUCUCUGCCCAAACACUCUCCUCUCUCUGGAUUGGAUGAUGAAUUGUUGAGCUUUAUCUCGGGCAAGAAGAGGGCCACAUAAGUUGCUCACUCGGUUUGGAAACGUGUGGUCCAAAAAGGAGAUACGGUAAUUGAUGCCACUUUUGGCAAUGGCCAUGAUACCUUAGCAAUGCUCAGGAUGGUAGGUGAUGAAUUGAGCAAGGGCUCAGUUUAUGGAAUGGACAUUCAGGAAGUUGCUUUACAGAAAACUUCUUCUUUGCUGGAAGAGUCGGUCAGUCUAAAAGAGAAAGAACUUGUUAAGUUCUUCUCCAGAUGUCACAGUACAAUGCGUGAAGUUCUUCCACGGGAUACCUGUGUUAGGCUUGUUGCUUUCAACCUAGGCUAUCUUCCUGGCGGUGACAAGACAAUAAUCACUGAAUCAGGACCAACACUGAAAGCACUGGAAGUUGCAAAAGAUAUCCUGCUGCCGGGAGGGCUUAUAAGCUUAGUGGUUUAUGUUGGGCAUCCUGGUGGAUGGGAAGAAAUGCAGGAUGUACGGCACUUUGUUUCGAAAUUGUCCGUUGAGAAAUGGGUCUGCUGUGAGUAUCAGUCUUCAAAUCGAUCAAAUUCUCCAAUACUUGUUUUCUUAUUCAAAACAUGCUGA